CAACGCGAUGCCAGGCCUGCUCUACAGCACGGGACUGCUCCUCAACGGCGACGACUAUCGCGUCGCCGUGCACGACGUCGAGCCCGCAGGCGUCGUCGUUGUCGCGACCCAGACGUCCAAGAACGUCGUCUUCUCGCGCGCGUUCACAAAGCAAGAGCUCACCGCCGCGGGCUUGACAAAGUCACCGCUCGACUGCGCCCGCCUCGCCGAGUCGCUUCUCUUUGUCGUGAGCCCUACGCAGGAGCCGCAGCUGCAUUCGACGCUGCCGGGUGUGCGGCAGCCCGAGCCGAUUGCGAGCGGCGCGGCCGCCGAAGUGUACUUGACGACGACGAGAGUGGGGACCGAGACGUUUCUGGACGUGCUCCAGCGCGGCCUCAUCGUGCUCUGCAAGGAAAAGCCCAUGGGGCUCAACGCGGUCGCGAUGCUAGGAACGUGGCUCCUCGAGCACAACCCGAGCCAGCCGCUCGUGUCAAGAUCCUCGUCGUAGGGUGCCAAUGGCGCAUCUAUUCCUGCGUUAAAAUAAGUUGAUUCUAUCCUAUCAAUAUGGUCCGUCCGGCGUCCUUAGCUCGUGCACGAAA